AAUGAAUUCACACAAAUACAGCACCUAUAAGGCUAUAAUGGAUAAUAAUACGAAGUAGUGCCGCCUCUUUUUUGCUAUACAGGGUAUAUACAAUAAGCUACAAAGCAGAAAACAAACAAAAUAAAAUCAUGCUUAAUACGUAUGAUGCUUAACCUGGGAGACCUGCACAGACAGGUUUGUCUUGUGUUUUUCUGGACGAUAUUAAUGUGUUCGCCUCCUCCCUUUCUUGCUCAACAUUACACUGUCUUUUUUUAAAAGCUCACAAACUCACUAAAGUGACUGUGGACGGUACCAGUGCUGCACAGAGAUUUCACAAAUAUCGUCAGAAAUAGAGAACAAAGAUGUCAUGCUUCGUCAUGUGGCUCCCUGUGCUGGUGGUGUUGGUCCUCAUCCUCCUGUACAGAUGGUACAGGCAGAGUCAGAUACUGGAGAAUCUCUCAGAUAAAUAUGUCUUCAUCACCGGAUGUGACACUGGAUUCGGGAAUCUGCUGGCGAAGCAGCUGGACAGACGUGGAAUGAGGGUUCUGGCUGCCUGUCUGACAGAGAGAGGAGCUGGGAACCUGAAAAAGGAGACCUCCAGCAGACUGCAAACAGUAAUACUGGAUGUUACUGACAGUGAAAGUGUGAGCUCUGCUGCCAAGUGGGUAUCAAAUGCUGUUGGAAAUACAGGGCUCUGGGGCUUGGUGAAUAAUGCUGGUUUUGGUUUUUGCUUUGCUCCUAAUGAGUGGCAAACAGUUGAGGAUUUCUCCAAAGUUCUGAAUGUGAAUUUGCUCGGUAUGAUCAACGUGACGCUGCACCUGCUGCAUCUUGUCCGAAAGGCCCGGGGGCGCAUUGUAAAUGUAUCCAGUUCUAUGGGAAGACUUUCUAUGGUUGGAGGAGGUUAUUGCAUAUCUAAGUAUGGUGUGCAGGCCUUCUCAGACAGCCUAAGGAGAGAACUGCGUGACUUUGGGGUAAAAGUCUCUAUCAUAGAACCAGGAGCGUUUGCAACAUUGAUGACUCUCUCAUUUGAUCGUCAUGAAAAUAACUUGAGUCAUCUGUGGGACAAUCUCCCUACAGAGUUGAAGAAAAGUUAUGGCGAGCAAUACUAUGAGCAAUAUAAGACAGGACUGAAACAUUUAACAGAAUCAGCCAGCCCAAGAAUUCAUAUGGUCCCAGACUGCAUGGAACAUGCCGUGACUGCUGUCUACCCGUGGACGAGAUACUCUCCUGGCUGGGACUGCAAGCUCUUCUACCUCCCUCUGUCCUACCUCCCUACUGUCAUAUCGGACUAUGUGCUGUGUCGCUCAGCACCCAAACCAGCUUCUAUGUGAUUGUCAUCAGAACACAAUGCAGCAGCAUGAUACUGCAUAACCUCAUAUAUAAAUAGCAUUUGUACCACCAAUUUUAUAAUUUCAGAAAGAAUCUCUCCAACAGUCUAUACCAGGCAUGUCUAAACUGCGCCCCUCUAGCUGUUUAGAAACAACUAGAGAUGUGCAGCGGGCAUUUUUCGUGUUUUUUGUUUUUGUUUUGGAUUCGGGUUCGCGGUCGUGUUUUGGAUUCGGACGCAUUUUGACAAAACCACCCUUUCGGGUUUUGGAUUCAGAUGUGUUUUGGAUUUGGGUGAUUUUUGAAAAAAACACAAAAACAGCUAAAAUCAUAGAAUUUGGGGGGUAAUUUUGAUCCUAUAGUAUUAUUAACCUCAAUAACAAUAAUUUUCACUCAUUUCCAGUCUAUUCUGAACACCUCACACCUCACAAUAUUAUUUUUAGUCCUAAAAUUUGCACCAAGGUCGCUGGAUGACUAAGCUAAGUGACCCAAGUGGCCGGCACAAACACCUGGCCCAUCUAGGAGUGGCACUGCAAUGUCAGACAGGAUGGCACUUAACAAAAUAGUCCCCAAACAACACAUAAUGCAAAGAAAAAAAGAGGUGCACCAAGGUCGCUGGAUGGCGGUUGCUGGAUGGCUUAGCUAAGCGACACAAACACCUGGCCCAUCUAGAAUUAGACUCCAGUAUCACGUGAAUUAUAAGGCAAUAUCACUCAUGAUAAUCAAUGGUAUUAUUGGUCCAAAUCACUGGAAGAAAAUGACAAAAUCACUGGAAUUAAAUGGCAGGAAUUAUAUCAAAUGGCAGUACCACUGGACAUAUAUGGAAGUGUCAGACAGGAUGGCACUUUUAAACAAAUAUUCCCCAAACAGCACAUGAUGCAAAGAAAAGAGAAAAAGAGGUGCACUGUGGUCGCUGGAUGGCUAAGCUAAGCGACACAAACACCUCAAUAUCACAGGAAUUAGUCGUUCUAAUCAAUGGUAUUAUUUCUUGGUCCAAAUCACUGGAAGAAAAUGACAAAAUCACUAGAAUUACAAGCCAGUAUCACGGGAAUUAUAUCAAAUGGCAGUACCGCUGGACAUACAUGGUAGUGUCAGACAGGAUGGUACUUUUAAAAAAAUAGUCCCCAAACAGCACAUCAUGCCAAGAAGUAGCUGUCCCAUAUGUACCAAGAAGUAAGAGGACAAUGAGGUAGCUCUGUGACUAAGCUAAGCGACACAAGUGGGCGGCACAAAACAUCUGGCCCAUCUAGGAGUGGCACUGCAGUGUCUGAUAGGAUGGCACUUUUAAAAAACUAGGCCCCAUACACAUACCUCCCAACUUUUCUUUCCGCGCGUGCUCCCGAAAAAGGGGUGUGGCCUAAGAAAGGGGGCGUGGAUUCGCGGGAGGACCCGCGAUCGCGAGCCACGCCCCCGUUUUUCAUCACUGAGGAGGCUGGCAUGCCCCCUCUCCCUCUGACUCAAGUGAAUAGACGCUGUCUAUUCACCGCUGCUCUGCUAAGCAGAGCCGCGAGCGGCAGAGCCUCCCAACUGCACCCCCUCCCCCCCCCCCACCGCGGGACACUGCAGCCUGCGGGUGGGACAGCGGGACAGUCCCCAAAAAACGGGACUGUCCCGCGAAAAUCGGGACAGUUGGGAGGUAUGCCAUACAGCACAUGAUGCAAAUAAUAAAUAAAAAGAGGUGCAAGAUGGAAUUUUCCUGUACUAGUAUUAGUAUUAGUGAGCAGCAUAAAAGCACUCUGGAAUUGUCACCCCCCAGAUACCACUGUGACUGGAAUGAUGAUGACUGAUGCACAGUCACAGGACACUACUACCACAGCACCCUACAGCAGCAAGAUGCAGCACAAGACACUGUACUAGUAUUAGUAUUACUGAGCAGCACGAUGCAACACAAGACAUUGAGCACUGAUACUGAGAACUGACACUGAGAGUCCUUUCUGUACUCUCUACAAUGCCCAAGUGAAAAUGGCGGCAAUGCGCAGCUCUUUAUAUGGAAUCUGAAUCUCGCGAGAAUCCGACAGCGGGAUGAUGACGUUUUGCCUCGUUCGGGUUUUCCAAGUCAGGCGGGAAUAACCGAGCCGGGCUUGGAACCGUGUUUGACACGUGGAGUUUGGUAGGGUUCGGUUCUCGGCGAACCGGGUAGGGUUCGGUUCUCGGCGAACCGAACCCGCUCAUCUCUAGAAACUACACAUCCCAGCAUGCCCUGACACAGCUUCAGCAUUCUCUGACAGCAAAACUGUGUCAGGGCAUGCUGGGAUAUGUAGUUUCACAACAGCUGGAGGACCACAGUUUGGACAUGCCUGGUCUAUUCCAUGCUUUUCCUUUUUAAUGCUGAAAGUUAUUUUGCUAGGAAAAAAGUAAAUACAAUUAACAAUGACUUUUAUGUCCUCAAAAUAUUUAGCUGUUAUGCCAUUUUGCAAAUUUAUAUUUGUAAAUAUGGGACUGGCAUCAUCUAUGUUUCUUUCUAUAUUAUAUUAUAUAUGUAAUAAAUAUUUUGAUGGAUCUAGAAAGCUCAGCAGUGCUCAGUGGCCCAAAGGUCUUCAAUAUUGGCACUCAUUCCGAGUUGAUCGCUCGCUAGCUACGUUUAGCAGCCAUGCAAACGCAUAGUCGCCGCCCACGGGGGAGUGUAUUUUUGCUUUGCAGGUGUGCGAUCGCAUGUGCAGCCGAGCAGUACAAAAACAUUUUGUUCAAAACAAGACCAGCCCUGUAGUUACUUAUCCUGUGCGAUGAUUCCAGCGACGGAGGUCCCGGAAUUUACGUCAGAUACCCGCCCUGCAAACACCUGGUCACGCCUGCGUUUUCCCUACCAUUACCAGAAAACGGUCAGUUGACACCUAUAAACGCCCUCUCCCUGUCAAUCUCCUUGCGAUCGGCUGUGCGAACGGAAUCGUCGCUAGAAGUAGUGCACAGCAACGAUGCUGUUUGUACCCGUACGACGCGCGUGCGCAUUGAGGUGCAUGCGCAGUUUUGCCAUUUUUUUACCUGAUCGCUGUGCUGCGAAAAUCGGCAGCGUACGAUCAACUCGGAAUGACCCCCAUUGUCUUGUUGCUAUUUACACUCAGACUUAUUAAGCAAUAAUAUAAGCAAGUUCAAAGAAUUAAGGUUAAAGACUGUACUGUAAAAGAGACAUACAGUAAGCUGUAUCAGAUCAGCAGGACAGACAUCACAGGGGGUCAUUCCGAGUUGAUCGCUCGCUAGCAGUUUUUAGCAGCCGUGCAAACGCCAUGCUGCCUCCCACUGGGAGUGUAUUUUAGCUUAGCAGAAGUGCAAACGAAAGGUUCGCAGAACGGCUACAAAAUCAUUUUGUGCAGUUUCAGAGUAGCUUCAGACUUACUCAGCGCUUGCGAUCACUUCAGACUAUUCAGUUCCUGUUUUGACGUCACGAACCCGCCCUGUGUUCGCCCAGCCACGCCUGCGUUUUUCCUGGCACACCUGCAUUUUUCUGAACACUCCCUGAAAACGGUCAGUUGACACCCAGAAACACCCACUUCCUGUCAAUCACUCUGCGGUCAGCAGUGCGACUGAAAAGCUUCGGUAGACCUUGUGUGAAGCUACAUCGUUCGUUGUAAUAGUACGACGCGCGUGUGCAUUGCGCCGCAUGCGCAGAAGUGUCGAUUUUUUGCCUGAUCGCUCUCAGCGAACGAAAGCAGCUAGCGAUCAACUCGGAAUGACCCCCCAUAGUCAGGAAACAAGCAAAGGUCACAAGGCAGUGUUACCAGUUAUAGUAAGAAAUUGUUUUUGUCUGCGGCAGUGAAAUAGGGACCUAAAUAGUAAGGAGAGUAUAAGUAAAUAACUAUAUAACCUCAAAACGUAUAGGCCCCCUAUUAUGCUUAAGGGCUCUAUGUAACAAUAUUCUAUUCUAGAGAUUGAACAAAUACGGAUAUCUAGUGGAUUAUGUAAUAGGUUCUGAGUUAAGAAAUUGCCAUUUUUUCAGCAAGUUCAUCACUUAAUUUAAAGAUGCAAUUUGUUAGAAGGCAAAACCAACCAGCUAUUAAACUUCUAACGUAUUUCAUAACUUCCUAGUCUUUACUGACUUUAUAAUGAGAGAUAAACAAUA